GGUGAAUUGAUCAUGGUUAUAUGAACGCCCAGUGUACAAGUGUUUUGCUAGAUCAAAUGUCAACUCUUGAUUAAAAUUUAAUCUGAUUGUUAUGUGUCGCUAUUCCGGCAAAUUUGUAAAUUACUGAGAGCAUGACUCCUGUCACGUACGCAACCGCAUUAUAUAGAAAUCUCCUUAGAUUGAAUGGUUUAGGAUACUUGUUUAGAAAUGUCAGUAUUGGUAUGACAGAUCAUGGGGACGUAAGAAAUCGAGGCUUUCUGCUCAAAAUUAAAUGCGAUAGUGUUACUGUUUUGAGAAAUGUGCGUCAAAAAUUCAAAACACUGAACCUAAAGGACAAAUCUGUAGCAAGAAUUUUCUGCAGGACAUUACAUGGAUCAACACAAAACGAGCAUAAUAAUAAUAUUCAUGAUAUAGACUACAUUACUUUCACAAAUUGUGAUAAUGACACAUGUAAAAUACUAAGAAAUGAACUACUGUUACUGCCUAACUUUGUCUCUGAAGAGGAAGAAAAACAAGUUGUUUUAGAAGUAGAACCUUACUUGAAAAGACUCAGAUAUGAAUCGUCACAUUGGGAUGAUGCCAUCCACCAGUACAGAGAGACCGAAAAACUCAAGUGGUCAGAAAAAAAUGCAAUAAUCAUACAAAGAAUUCGAGAUGUUGCAUUCCCCCAAGGCGUAAAACAGAUUUCGUUUGUACAUGUCUUGGACCUUAAGAAAGAAGGAUUUAUAAAACCACAUGUGGAUGCUGUAAAAUUCUGUGGCAACACCGUCGCUGGCCUUUCUCUGCUCUCAAGCUCUGUGAUGCGUUUUGUGAACACAGACAACAAAGCACAGUUUUUCGAUGUUCUGUUGGAGAGGCGGUCUUUAUACAUAAUGAAGGACACUGCAAGGUACAAGUACACCCAUGAGAUUCUUAAAGAUGAAGAGUCUGUGUUUAAAGGGAAGCAUAUCCCCAGGGAUAGAAGAAUUGCAGUGAUUUGCAGGAAUGAACCCUGAUGUGUAACCUAUGUGCUUUAACAAGUAUGGGUAGUGAGAUACACUGACAUAUUUGAGGUUGAGAUUCUGGAUGUUUGGAAUUUUUGUGUAACUUGUGUUUGAAAUGAAUGAACAAGGAAUGGUAAUAAUACUAAUGUCAACAUUUCAUAUACUAAAUUUGAAAUCUACAUUGAGAAACAUAUAUUAAAGUGACUACAUUUUAAUGGCUCCAUAAAUGCAAUGUUAAUUUCAAUGAAAUUCAUAACGACCCUGUUUACCCUGCUAGCGAUACAUUUACUUAUUAUUAUUGCAGAACUAGAAAUUUUGUUGUAGUGUGUAUGAACAAUUAUGCAUUAUAACACGGGAUUUCCUAUCUGUGCAUUUGUUUUUUGUACAGGAAUGAGUUUUCAACUGUUUAAUCAAAAGUAUCUAAAACUUUAGAUAAAAAAAGACUCGCAAUGAGACCUAGUGAAUGCUUUGAGCUUUUACGAGAACAUACCUACUGGAGGGUCAAUAGCUGGGAGUAAGAUUAUUGCAAUUACAAUUAGACCUAAUUCUGAAAGUUUCCGGGGUUAGUCAGGUUGAGGUAAGCGUCACUGUAAUGGAAAAGAAAAGGGGUUUUUGCUCUAUAACUUGAUUUUGGAUGGAGUUUGUAUUUAAGUAUUGUGAUGAAAUUGUGAAUGUAAGAAGCUAUAAUCUUGCAAGCAUUGCUUUCUUUGGGUUGCUUUGGGGCUAGUUGGAUGAAGGUCUAUGUAUCUGUAGCUAAAAAAAGAAAACCUUUUUCAUCUUAAUAACUUGAGUUUGAGUGAGGUAUUGCAUGGGCUAAAAUUUGUGUGUAUGUAGCUUACAUAAAGAUCUUGUUUGGGAUUGCACAUUACUUAAAAAUAAUUUUUAACUAAAAACAUUGAAAAUCUUGUUUUGAGGGUUGUCAUUUUUAGUGCCAUUAAACGUUUUUACUAAUUACUUUUCAAUAUUUAGAAAAGUGUUAAAUAUUAUAGAAGCAAUAACAAAAAGAAAAAAUAAUUAUAUUUAUUCCCAUGAAUAUGACCCGGGGACCUUUAGGGGGUUAAAUCAAACUUCUAAUACUAAUUUUGUCUUCCCAUGAAUGUGACCCGGGGACCUUUUGGGGGGGGGGGGGGGUUAAAUUAAACUUCCUAUAUUUGCACCAGUCAAUGUAAUAAGUGUAUUAUAAACUCUACACUAGUAAUACAUGUACUUUCCAAGGCCAAGGUAUGUGCAACUUAUGAUAGUGUUUUUGGUGAGCUGUUAAUAUUUUUGUUUUAUUUUAGAAAUAAGCUAUAAACUUUUGUUGGCGUACACUUAUGUUUUGUUAAGUUGUUUUUUGCUAAUAAUGUUUAUGCCCCCCCCCUUGGAAGAAGAGGGGGUAUAUUGUUUUGCACAUGUCGGUCUGUCGGUCCGUCCACCAGAUGGUUUCCGGAUGAUAACUCAAGAACGCUUAAGCCUAGGAUCAUGAAACUUCAUAGGUAGUUUAGGUACAUUGAUCAUGACUGUCAGAUGACCCCUAUUGAUUUUCAGGUCACUAGGUCAAAGGUCAAGGUCGCAGUGACUCGAAAUAGUAAAAUGGUUUCCGGAUGAUAACUCAAGCAUGCUUAGGCCUAGGAUCAUGAAACUUCAUAGGUACAUUGAUCAUGACCGGCAGAUGACCCCUAUUGAUUUUCAGGUCACUAGGUCAAAGUUCAAGGUCACAGUGACUCAAAAUAGUAAAAUGGUUUCCAGAUGAUAACUCAAGAAUAAUUAGGCCUAGGAUCAUGAAACGUCAUAGGUACAUUGAUCAUGACUGGCAGAUGACCCCUAUUUAUUUUUAGGUCACUAGGUCAAAGGUCAAGGUCACAGUGACAAAAAACAUAUUCACACAAUGGCUGCCACUACAACUGACAGCCCAUAUGGGGGCAUGCAUGUUUUACAAACAGCACUUGUUUUAUUAAAAUUAAUUUGUGUUGGCGCCUCUCAUCAGAUGCAUGUUAUAAUGCAUAAGUCUUGGUUCGCUCGUUAGAAUAUGGUGGCUGAUUUCUUUCAUAUCGUUCUGGUGUGUUUGAUAUUUUGAAAGUCGCCAAUAUGCCAACACACCGGACCACAACUAUACCCGCCCGAGUUACACGAAGAGAGACAUGUCUAAUUUGUCGUAUUUGUGUCCUUUUAUCGUCCUGGCAACUUUCUUUCAUGUGGUGUUUGUCGGUGGCCUAUAUAAAACCUACAACACGACAGUUUAAUUCAGAAAUUAGCCACCAAAUUCCAGAGUGCUGUCCUAAUGUAUGUAUAUUCAUAUGUUCAGGAAUCGAAAAUAAACGUUAUCGACCCA